GACCAGGAAUUGCAAGGGCUAGGGGGCCAGAAACCUAGGGCAGUUCCGGAGAGCAACAGUUUGCAGAUCCUGUGUUUGCCUCCACGUCUGGCUGUCACUUGGGUUGUGACUCCCUGCCUGGAAACUGCUUCAACUCUCCUGCUCUUGGCCUGUGUGUCACCUCUGGGAUGCUCUAUUGGACCCUGGAGCUGCCGCCUUGGGAUGCCGUAAGGAGCCGGAGGAGGAGGAAGAAGCAGCAGGAGGGGAUGCAGGCUCGUUGCACCGGAAACGGAGCUCUCCGGGCCACCGGCCCAGCCCCGUGAAGCAGGCGGAGACAGUGCCCUCCCGCCGUCCGAUGUGAGCGAUGGAAGAGCCCGGCUGCGAGCCGAGCCAGCCGCAGCGGGAGGAGCGGCCGUUCAAAUGCGGGCAGUGUCAGCGUAGCUACCGCCACGCCGGCAGCCUGGUCAACCACCGGCGCACCCACGAGGUGGGACUCUUCACCUGCCUGCUGUGCGGCAAGGAGUUCUCGAACCCCAUGGCCCUGAAGAAUCACCUCCGCAUCCACACCGAGGAGAGGCGCCACCGGUGCCCGGACUGCGGCCGCAGCUUCCGCGUCGCCUCCCAGCUGGCCAGCCAUCGCCAUUCGGCCCACGCCAGCCGCGGCCAGAAGGGAGAGGAGGACGGGGAGAACAACUUCCAGCAAGGGCAGGACUCCUCGUCAUCGGAUGCCGACGUCUUCCCCGCGCUAGAGGGCGGCGGCGCCGGGACGUUGCUGAGCAACCUGGAGAAAUACAUUGCCGAAUCGGUGGUGCCGGCUGAUUUCUCCCAGCUGGAGUUCCCUGGCAAAGCGGAGGAAGGCCAGGAGGCCCCCGGCCUGCCGGCAGAGGAGCGGCGCUAUAAAUGCAACCAGUGCGAUAAGGCCUACAAGCAUGCGGGCAGCCUCACUAACCACAAGCAGAGCCACACGCUGGGCGUCUACCAGUGCGCCGUCUGCUUCAAGGAGUUCUCCAACCUCAUGGCGCUCAAGAACCACUCCCGGCUGCACUCGGAGUACCGCCCCUACAAGUGCCCAUUGUGCUGUAAGGCUUUCCGCCUGCCCAGCGAGCUGCUGAGCCACCAGAAGGCCCACGAGAAAGCCCGGUGGGCUGGGAGAGCCCCCUCGGAGGGCUCGGAACACAGCGUCUCGGAGGAGGACUCCAUUUAUACUUCGGCCAAGCUGGAUAUCUACCAGCCGCCGGCGGCCGCCUUCGGAGAGGGCGCCCCCUGCAGUUUGAAGGAUGGGGCGAAGGCUGGGGGCGGGGACCGGGGCAGUCCAGAUGGGGAGCUGUGCGUGAGGUGCGGGGGAAACUUCGCCGAUGAGGAAGAGCUGAGGAACCACAGCUGCCUCUACCCAGAGGAGGAGGAAGAGGAGAAAGAGGAUGGGGGUGGCUUGGCCCAACCCACGACGGAUUCAGAAGGGGCCUGGGAAGCCAGCAGUAAGGACGGAGACCAAGCGCGGCCCUACCAGUGCGGGGAGUGUGGCCGGACCUACCGCCAUGCCGGCAGCCUCAUCAACCACAAGAAAAGCCACCAGACGGGUGUCUACAGCUGCAACUUCUGCUGCAAGCAGCUCUUCAACCUGGCGGCCCUUAAGAACCACCUGCGGAUACACCUCAAAUCUAAGCCGGCCUCCCGGCCCAACCUCCGGUACUCCUGCCCCCCAGCGCCUGAAGAGGCUGCUUGCCACCUUGACCAGAGCCCCGCUGAGCCAGCCGGCGGGGAGAGGGCCACAGAGCUGCCAGGCCGCGGGGAAGCGGAUGGAGGAGGUGCUCUCAAAGAGGAGGAGGCUGGUUGCAUGGAGGAGGAAGAGGAUGGGGCAUCAGAGGAGCGGCCUUACCGCUGCGGGGAGUGCGGCCGGACCUACCGGCACCGGGGCAGCCUGGUCAACCACCGGCACACCCACCGGACAGGCGUCUACCAGUGCUCCCUGUGCCCGAAGCAGUACUCCAACCUGAUGGCCCUACGCAACCACGUCCGCAUGCAUUUUCGAGCGUCGCGGGGCAAGGAGCGGGGGAACUACCCAUGUGCCAGCUGUGGAGAGAGCUUUGAGGGGGAGGCAGAAUUCCAGUGGCACCAGCUGCGCCACGCGCCCGGGGACACCGCCCCCUGCCCCAAGGAGGGGAAGGAGGAGGAGGAACCAGGCAGCAUCCGCACGCAGGAGGCAGCCCUGCUGCAGGCCAUCAAGCGAGAUGUGGAGGAGUUGGAGGCGGUGGGUCCUGGGCCAGGGAUGUCUCACAUCUGUGGCUGCUGCGGGAUGACCUUUCACGACCUGGCCAGUUUGCAGAGCCACGCCCUGGUGCAUGGCGAUGGGGAGCCUUGCACGGGAGAAGGCGAGGCGGAGCCGCCAGGCAGACGGGUGUACAGUUGCGAGCUCUGCGGCAAGUCCUACCGCCACUCGGGCAGCCUGAUCAACCACAAACAGACGCACCAGACGGGGGAUUUUGAGUGCUCGCUCUGUGCCAAACGCUUCUCCAACGUGGCUGCCUUCAAGAGCCACUUACGUGGCCACCAGAAGCCGAGGAGGGGCCGAGUGGGGCCGGAGGAGGAAGAGGAAGGGGGCGUGGCAGAGGCGGAGCCCAGAGAUGCCCCUGAUGGGACGAUGCAGCCGGAGGGAAGUGGAGAUGUUGGGCAUGGUGGCCCGGAGAGUACCCGGGUUGGAGAGGAGGGGGCGCUGAGCGAGGAGGAGCCCCAGCGGAGCUACAAUCUGCGGGGAGGCAGUGCGGUGAACGGGUGGCAACACCUGAAAGAGGAGGAGGAGGCCGAAGCGUCACCACCCGGCAGCCCCAACUCCGAGCCCUACCCAGGCGAAAUCCUCGACCACAAGAACAGCCAGCAGCUGGGCAUAUACCAGUGCUCCCUGUGCCCAAAGGAAUACUCAGACCUGGAGGCACUGAAGAGCCACUUCCGCGGCCAUGCCACGGCCCAGCAGCCGGGUGCCAGUGCCGAGGAACGUCCCUUCCUUUGCAGCCUCUGCGGCAUGAUCUUCCCAGGUGAGACGGACCUGCAGCGCCACCACGGCCUGGCUCACGGCGGGGAUGGGGAGCCACAGGAAGGCAGCUUGGAGGCUGACGAGGCUGCGGCUUUCCCCGGGCUCCAGCAGGAGGGGGAGGAGCGGCCAGAUGAGCGCGAUGGGGAGGAAGAAAUGCUCCUCUCCCACAUCUGUGGCUACUGUGGGCAGACGUUCGACGACAUGGCAAGCCUCGAAGAGCACAGCCUGGGCCACCGGGAGGAGAAGGAAGCGGCGUUGGCUGACACCACCAUCCAGCUGCGGCUGGGACCGCGUCUGGAGCUGCCGGAGGAGCAGAAAACCGGUGUGACGCCCCCAGACAGCCGUCCCUAUGCCUGUGGGCAGUGCGGGAAAACUUACCGGCACGGUGGCAGCCUGGUCAACCACAAGAAGACCCACCAGGUGGGAGAUUACCAGUGUGGCGUCUGCUCUCGGCAGUACCCCAACCUGUCCGCCUACCGCAACCAUCUCCGUAAUCACCCCAAGUGUAAGCUGAAUGACAGCCGGCCGGCCGGCAAUGGGAACAGUGCAGGGAAGGAGCCGGUGCUCCCGCACGGCAGGGAGGGAGGAGAGGCAGCCGCGGCCCCAGCUCCCGGAAAACGGGACCCAGGUGGCAGCGAUGCCGAGGAGGGCAAGCUGCACGUGUGUGAUGUCUGUGGGGAGCUGUGCAAGGGCGCGGCGGGGCUGGAGGCACACUGUGCCACCCAGCACCCGGAGGAGGAGGAAGAGCUGGUCCGUGCUGCCAAAGAGGAAGAUGAGGAGGGUGGCAGCGGGGAGGAAGGCGCCACGUCGGAGCGCCCCUUCUGCUGCGAGCAGUGUGGCCGAAGCUACAAGCACGCGGGCAGCCUGAUCAACCACAAGCAGACCCACAAGACGGGCCUCUUCCGCUGCGCCAUCUGCCAGAAGCUGUUCUACAACCUCAUGGCCUUGAAGAACCACAACCGCAUCCACUUCGAGACCAAGCGCUACAGGUGCACCCAGUGCCCCAAGGCCUUCCGCCUUCAGAAGCAGCUGGCCAGCCACCAGCGUGUCCACCGCGAGAGGAGACCGCCACUGCCCUCCUCGUCCUCCAGGAAGUUGGCUCACGCCAAGAGAGCAGGCAAGGCCCACGCCGACGGUGGCAGGGUCUCGGAGCCGCCCAGGGCCCCCAAGAAGGACCCCGAGGAGCGGCCGUACCGGUGUGAGCAAUGUGGGCGGACCUACCGCCAUGCCGGCAGCCUUCUCAACCACCGCAAGAGCCACAAGACGGGUCAUUACUGCUGCCCCGUCUGCCCCCGGGCCUACCCUAACCUCAUGGCCCUCAAGAACCACCAGCGCAUCCACUUCGAGGUCAAGCGCCACCGCUGCCCCGACUGCGGCAAAGCCUUCAAAUGGCAGAGGCAGCUGGUGAGGCACCAGCUGAUCCAUGCCCAGCGCUGGCCUCGUCCCGGCAGCAGGAGCUCCCCCGCCCGCCCCCUACUAGAGGGCAGCACCCUUGUCCGGAGCAAGACGGCACGAGAAUGGCGGGCCGCCCGGAGGGAGCAGGGCGGCAGCCAUGUUGACGCCUCAGGUGGCCACGGGGACGGUGGCCAUCUUGGCACUACCUCAGGUGGCCAUGUUAGUGGUACCUCAGGCCCUCAUGUUGACAGCAGCCAUGUGGGCAGUGCCUCAGUUGGCGCCUCAGGUGGCCAUGUUGUUGGUGGCGCCUCAGGCGGCCAUGGUGAUAGCCGCCAUGUUGGCAGUACCUCAGGCAGCCAUGUGGGCAGCGCCUCAAUUGGCGCCUCAGGCGACCAUGUUGACACGGGCACCCAAACCCCAGUGGGCGUCAGUUCGGCGCCCCUUGGCCCUUUCCAGUGCCCGGUCUGCCCCAAGCAAUUUCCCACCCCAUCAGCCCUCAAGAACCACGGCCGGGUCCACACUAAGAAGCGUUUCGAGUGCUCGGAGUGCGGCAAGGCCUACCGGGCCUCUCGGGACUUGGUCCAACACCUGUGGCGGCACCAGGCGGAGGCAGAGGCUGGGGCCGCUCCUGGCACCAAUGGCCUGGUGGACCAGCGCCCCUACAAGUGCGACCGUUGCGAGCGGACGUACCGCCACGCUGGCAGCCUCCUCCACCACAAGAAGGUCCACACCACCGGUCUCUACCACUGCCCCGCCUGCCUCAAGGAGUUCCACAACCUCUUGGCCCUUACCUACCACCUCCGCACCCACUCGGACAAGAAAGGCCGCUGCUGCCCGGACUGCGGCCAGGCCUUCCGGACUUCCAGCCGCUUAGCCAGCCACGCCAAGGCCUGCCACGGCCAGGCCGGCCGCGCCAAAGCCGGCCACGCUGCCACAGGAGGGGCCCAGGGACCUGAGGCAGGCCCCUGCCAGGACACAGGGGUGGAUGGCAAUGCCACUGUCACCAUGGGGCAAGUUAGCUGAGGGUCGUGCGAAUGUGUGGGUGGGGGGGAUGAGAGGGGAUGGAGAGAUGGAGGCGGGGGAGUCAAUGUCGAUCAUUAUCCUAGCACCAAAUCGUUAGGGAGGGGAGGAAUUUUCAGAGGCACAAACGGGGACGGGCAGGAGAGGCGCCCAGUUGCGGGGGAGGCAGUUUGUGGGUGGCAUGGACCAAUUAGUGAGGGAGGUUUUGGGGUGGAUCCCAGUUCUCCAAUGGAUGGGUGAGGGGAAGCGGUGUUGGUUUGAUUCUCUGCUGCCUUUUUGUGCCUCUGAGAACUUUUCCCUUAACCCUAUUUUACCUUGUUUUGGCCCCCAAUUCAGGAGAGAUCUUAAGCACCCGCUUAACUCUAAGCACGUGCUUAAAUCCAAUUGAUUUCAAUCAAGUUUUCAAUCAGCUUGGCUGUAAUUCUCAACGGAUUCCACUGAAAUUCGUUCAGAUGACGCUCCAGUGAUCUCCUGCACAGGAGCCUGAACGUUGUGGUUUAAAAAAAAAAAACAACACAAAACAUUGGUGCCAUGGUUUUAUUUUGGUUUGGUUUGGUUUUUCGACGUCUGUAGAAUUUAAUUUUCUGGUUUGUUUUGACCAAUUCCCAGCUCCUUUUUAAAUGGUGUCUGUUAUUGGAGAAGAAGGAGGACAUUUUAAAAAUUGCUUUCGUGUGGGGAAAAAAAAAAAUUUGCCCCUAAAAAUUGACACACGUGGAAAAAAACAGUCUAAUUUUUUUUCCUCCCCCCCCCCCCCCCCCCAAAAAAAAUUGGCCAAGAUGUCCCCUGCAAAAAGUCCAAAUAUCUUUAAUUUAAAAUAUCUGUAAUUUAAUUUUUUUUUAAAUAGACACCUUUUGUCUGAGACUUUUGGUUGUGUUUUUUUGGAAGAGGGAGAGAUUUAUUUAUUUUUUUAAAAUUUCCUCCUCAAUCAACAAAAGUUGGUCUUAAAAAAACAAAAAACCCCUUUUUUAAAAAAAAAAAGAAAGAAAGAAACUAAUAAGAAGACACACUUUUUGUACUGAGAGCAAAUUGUCUUAAUUAUAACAAUUUUCCUCCCAAAACAAACAAACUUGUCUUGUUUUUGAAAGAGAACUAAGUUUCCGUUUAAGGAGAAUACAAAUUUUAAACUGUUUUUUUUUUUUUUUUUCCUGAGAAGAAUCAAAUCUGAAUUUUAAACCAACUUUUCGUUUGUGAACAACACACAUUUGCUUUCAAAAUUCCUUUGAAACAAUUUGCUUAAAGACUCCUUUUAUGGGGGGGAGGAAAUAAAAAAAAAUGACCAGGCUUUCAAGAGAGAGAAAUGUUGGGGUGUUUUCAACUGAGGUAUUGAAUUGUCAUCGUAGAAAAAUUUCCUCCUUCAUAGGUUGGGAUAAAAUAUAGUUAUACCUCCCAGAAAUCGUUAUUAUUGUGCUACUGAUCCAAGAUGUAUGAAUAUUUUUUAUUGUUCUAUGGUGCAGAAUAUGUAAGUGUAUUGCAGAAAUCCUGAUGGUACUCAGAUCUCUCACACAAAGCAGUCUUCUCUUUUAGAAACUCCAACACUUAAAUUUUUCCUGUAUUUGUCUCGGUACGUGGAACGGUUUUAAAAGAAGAUUCUAUUCCCCCACUCCAACUACAAAACCAAACUCCCAGCUGCCUCCACUUUAACCCGUUCGACUCCCCUCCCAGAGCUGGGGCUAGAACCCGGGAGUCCUGACUCCUAGCCCCUGUCCAUCCCCCGCUCUAAUCAUUAGUCCCUGCUCCUCUCCUGGAACCGUGUUCAUAUUGAAAUGGCUAUCGCUUAUUCUUCCCCCAGCUGUAAUUUGGUGGCUCUUCUGUGUCGAAUAAAAACCAAUAAAUCUGGGGGUUUCCUGCCCCCUUACAUUCAGCUCUGUUAUUUGUAAGUGACUUUCGCUUUGGAGCUAAGUUUGAGCUCCCUGCAGCGCUGAUCUCUGGGUUCUAUCCUAGCUUCGCCACAGACUAAUCUUAGACCCCGACUGGAGACUGCUCUGACUCAGUUUCCCCAGCUCUUUAGCUACCUCCCUCCUGGUGGAGUAAAGCUUUUUAAGUAGCUCGCUUGAUUGAUCUGUAUCUGUACAGCACCUUGCACGGUGGUCCUGGUGCACAACUGGGCUUCUUGGUGCCAUAGGUAUAGAAAUAAUGGCCAGGCAGCAUGCGGUAGACUCACUUCUGCCCCCUCGUGUGCUGGUGGUGGUGCGUGGAAAGCAGUUUCCACCCUAUAGAACGAGACACAGAUUGUUUCCUGGUGAUUAUUUUAAAAUGUUGUUGCUUCCUAGGAGAACCGAGCCUGGAUUUGGGCCUCUGAACCUCAGACGUCUUUCAAAACUUCUGCCGUCAAUGAUAAAAACGGGUGUCCUUUACCCCCAGCCUUUAACAAGAAGUGGAGACCAAGUACUGCCCCCGCUAGCCCUUUAUUGAGCCUUUCCACCCACUCACCAGCUGGCCCUGGGAUUCUCAUUCAUUUUUUCCUCCCAACCGUCUGCCUCAAGAGAGGGCUAGUUUGAUGCCCCCAUGCAUCUGUGUGAUCUGUGAUACGCUUAUAAAUUCGGCAAAGCCCUGGUGCUUGUUUUAUAAACAAGCAUCUAGGCUUCCUGUGCUCACGCACGCGCUCGUUCUCUCUCUCUCUCUUUUGUUUUUCGUUUUGAAAUACGGCCCAGCCCACACGAUAGCAACGAUAUUUGCUCUCUGGACCCUAGCUGAGAUUUCUCAUUGCAAGGCAGGUCUUACAAAGGUGGCAUUAAGUUUCUUAGGGUCUUGUCUAAACACAAAAAAUAAUUUUUAUAUUCCAUCCCUGUUUAAAAUUUUAGAAGGAAGCUAAAUUUGUCUGUUUUUCAUUUUUCCUGAGGGCUGAGGGGGUUAAUUUUCUGCUGAAAAUUCAAUUUUUUUGGCAGAAGUUCUAUUUUUUUUGUAAAAGCUGAAAUCUGAAUAGUUUUGAUUUAGAAAUGCUUCUGCAGUGCCUUCUGGGAGGUGUAGUUCAAAUGCCUCAUCUUCCUUUCAUAGGCUGGGCUUCCUGGUCAGUCUAUAUUUCCCAUGAUGCACCAUGGCAUGCCUCUUGAGUUGCUGCAGUGUAUCAUGGGAAUUGAAGUUUGGUUACUUCAUGCUCUCCAUUCUCCUGGCACGCUGCACUCGCUAGUUGGAUUAUAUCUCCCGUGAUGGAACAUCUCUCUCCAAGAUGGGAGAACAUGGUGCAUCAUGGGAGAUGUCAGCCACUCAUGGAACGGGGCCUCCAGAAGCAAACGAGAGCAUGAAACACCUGAGCUAUACCUCUCCUGUCUGGGAGAGGGGAAGCAGUGCAUCAUGGGAAAGGUAGUCUGACUGAGCAGCCUGACCCAGUGAGGAGAACAGGGACAGGAGGUAAUGGACCUAUGCCUCCCAUGAGGCGGUGCUGGCUCUCUCCAAAUGGCAAUAUUUCAAUUUCCAGCCACUUUUUUUUUGACAACAAAUUGAAAAUUUCUGGAGAACACUGAUCCUUUUUUCUAAAACCCCAGUUUUCCACCAAAAAAACCCGUACAGAUGAAAAGUUUUCACCUGAUGUAGUUAAAACAGGAGUGGCCCCAGCCUGGAUGAAGUUGUACUGACAUAAAGAUGCUUCUCCCAGUGUAGCUAUUCUCAUACAGGAAGGGCAUUAAGCUAUACCAAUAUAAGACAUAUUUAUACCAGUGUAACUGGCUCCAUGCUUGAUUGUCCUCUUGGAACUAUAUCAGGGAAGAAAUCGCCCCCGGACUGCCAUAGUAAUACCAGGACAAAAUUUGUGUGUAGACCUAAAACUGGGGUAGCUGUUGUAGCUGGACAAACAGCCCCUCUUAACCGGAACCCUUACUAUUCUUUGACCAUUGCUUGAUCAGAGCGGCUACUAAAAAUAUUUCUGUAGAGGGGAUGAGAGGUUUAGGACACAGGGACCUCAGUCUAGCUAGCUCUCCUUAGCUAAGUUUAUCUGAUCUAGUGGGGAAGGGGAGUUUUCCCUUUAAAAAGUCUUCUGGCCUCUGAGCGCAGAGGUGGGUCUACGGCUCAAGUUGCUAUCGAGUGCGUUGGACUUUUAUUUCCAGCCGAUCAUUAGUGAAAUUCGGGGAUAAAGUUUGUAUAAGAAGAAAAUGUUGGUUAGACUUUUGUGUGCAGGCGGGGGUGGCAUAGGGAAAUGCGUUGUAUUUAAGAUGUUUUGUUUUUUAUUAAUUAACUAAAAAUCUCACCGAGAAAAAACUCGACCCAA